GCCAGCCCACUCUGGCUCAGCCAGGCUCACUAAACAUAGCUUCCACUCUCAACUCCACAGCCACGGCCACAUCUAGCCGGCUGUUACCUACCCCUGGGAGACACUGCUGCUGCCCCCUGCCCACUACACCCACACCUCAGCAACCAUCAUGUCACAGGCCAAAACCCUGAAGGUUCGUGCGACCCUCUUCUUCAUCCUGGUGGGCGGAGUGCUCGCCAUGGUGGCCGUGGUGACUGACCACUGGGCCGUGUUGAGGCCAAACCUAGAAUACAGCAAUGAGACCUGCGGGGCAGCCCACUUCGGCCUCUGGAGGAUCUGUACCACGCAAGCUGCUGCUGUCCUUGACAAAGAAGACAAGAGUUGUGAGCACAUCACAACACCAGGGGAACAGAACUGCUCCUACUUCAGGCAUUUCAACCCAGGAGAGAGCUCGGAGAUCUUUGAAUUCACCACUCAGAAGGAGUACAGUAUCUCAGCAGCGGCCAUCGCCAUCUUCAGCCUCGGCUUCAUCGUUGUGGGGUCCAUCUGCGCGUUUCUAUCCUUCGGGAAUAAGCGUGAUUACCUCCUGAGGCCAGCCUCCAUGUUCUAUGCCUUUGCAGGGCUCUGCCUUAUAGUCUCUGUGGAGGUCAUGAGGCAAUCGGUGAAGCGCAUGAUUGACAGCGAGGACACGGUCUGGUUCAAGUACUACUAUUCCUGGUCUUUCGCCUGUGCCUGUGCCGCAUUCACCCUGCUCUUCCUCGGCGGGCUCCUCCUCCUCCUCUUCUCCCUGCCUCGGAUGCCCCAGAACCCCUGGGAGUCCUGCAUGGAUGCUGAACCCGAGCACUAGUUUUGGGAAGAUCAAGGCCAGACCAGAGCCUUCUGGAGGUGAGGAUGGAGUUUCACAUCUGCCCCGAUCCCUUGCCUAUCACUUGUGCCUCUCCCUCUGAGUUCCUCUGCAAACAGUGCAGAUGGACAUGGCCAUGGUCAGAGGAAGCAGGCCAGCAGACAAGCAGGUAUUUGAAGGGGCCCUCUCUUGUGCCUCCCCCAGCUCAGGCUUGCCCACCAUGCCUGUUGUCUUUGAAGAUCUGGUCUGGUCAUCUUUAUAAAGCUUCCAGGGACAGCAUGUACUCGGUCACCAGUUCUGGACA